AUAUAUGUAGUUUUAAUAAAAUAUGGAUCAAUGUUUUCUAUGUGGAAAUGGAAAUACGGACUCAUUUUAUACGAUUGAAACAACAAAUGCUCCCUAUUCUCAAAGGCCACUUGAAAUGGUAUUCAAACAUCUCGGCAAAAUUAUUAAAAUCGAUUUGGUUUUUCGUGGUGUAACAAAAUUGUGCACAAAUUGCUUCGAUGAAUUAUCAGAUUACGAUGAAGUGAUGGUGAAGUUAAUGUCUUUUCAAAAUAACUUAACAAAAAAACUUGAGCUAUGCAUUGGUUCAAAAUAUGAAAAUCAAGAUGAAAUUUUAUCAGAUGGUGCCGAAUUUCUUAUAGAAGAAACAAGUGACAAAUCUACAAUAGAAGAAGAUUUGAUCGAGACUGUCUGCAGUUCGAAAGAAGAAACAUCUGCUAAUGAUCCAGACGAUUUUAUAAUAGAUUGUGAUAACAAUAGCAAUAAAUCUGAUAGUCCUAGAAAACGACCUACACAGGACUGUGUUAUUUGUGAUACAAGUUUUAAAUCAAAAUUUCGACUUCAGGAGCACAUGAAAGUACAUCACGAUAGCAAAGAUCAUUCAUGUAAUAUAUGUGGCGCUAUUCGACGGGAUGAGGAGUACUUAGAACUUCAUAUGAAUAUUCAUGAGGGUAAAAAAGAAACAGAAUGCAGAUACUGCCCAAAACAAUUUGCUCGGCCUGUGAAUACGUUGCGACAUAUGCGGAAGCAUUGGGAUCAAAAGAAAUAUCAAUGUGAAAAAUGUGGUGAACGCUUUUCAUUAGAUAAUAUGUUAUAUAAUCAUCGAAUGCGACAUGAAGCCGAGGAAAAUCCACUUAUAUGCAGCAUUUGUAAGCAGUCAUUUAAAUCGCGUAAAACAUAUAAUCAUCAUAUAAUAAUACAUCAGGAAAACCGACCACGACACCACUGUACAAUAUGUAAAAAAUCAUUUACUGAACGUUAUUCAUUAAAAAUGCAUAUGAAAACACAUGGAAAAGACUGUCCCCAAACAGUAGAAGAAAUUCUUGUGGAAGCAGAAACUGACAAAGCCGUUUGUUCUCUCACAAUUGAUAAUGGUGAAGAAGAUUGCCUAAUUUGUAAUAUGAAAUUUGAGAACAGAAAUGAAUAUGAAAAGCACGCACAAAAUUUUCAUAGCGAUAUUAUACCUUAAUUUUUUUUUGCAGGUCAAUAUAUUUGUACAAUAUUAAUAUUUUCUUUUAUAAAUUGUAUUGCAUUAAAUUUAACUUUAAUAUAAGUUUCUGUACAAAACUAAAUAGUUGUCUUAAUAUGUUAGUACGCACGGGUUUUAUAAAUUUAUUGUAUCUUCCAAACUUCUUCCUAAAAAUUUUGCUAUUAUUUCCGAUGUGUUAAGUUUGUAGAACUCAAAAUUAGUUCAACUAAGGAACUUCGAAUAAUAGCAUUUAUAGUAACUGGUUUACUAUUACUUGUAACGAUUACGGUUUUUUUUUAUUUAAAUGAUAAACAGCAGUUAUAUACAUUUACUUUAUAUUGCAUUACAAGUUCUUUCUGCAAACAAGUCGGACCGCACUUUUACAGUUUUUAGUACUUUAAUUCCGAUUUUGGAUACUUUAGAUAACUAUUCAAGUUAAAUAUACUAUAAAAACUACAAGUCCUAAUUCCGAAUCAAUAUCAGACGACACUGAAUCUUUCAUAAGCUCAACUUACAAACAAAUUUGUAUUGACUAAUUAUAACAGAAAAUUAACUGCACUAACUCUUGUAUAGUUUGAAUAACACUUUAACGUAAAUACGCGGCUUAAACUAUAAAAUUCUAUUUAGAUUGCAAAUUAAUACAUUUUUAGUAAAAGAUUUGUAUGUGGAAUAUGGUAAUUUUUUUAAUGUUUUUUAAGAUUUGUGUACACAACUAAGCAAAGACAACUAAGCUUAUUCAUUCUCUUGUGAGCGCAA